GUGGCUGAUAAUCAGAUAGAUACAGGUGAUCUGAUGGAGUGUUUGGUGGAGAACAAACACCAGAAGGAGAUGAAUGAGAAGUGUAUGGUUGGAGUAACACACUUCCAGCUGAUUCAGAUCAAAGACUUCCGUUUCUCCUACAAAUUCAAGACAGCCUGCAAGGAGGACGUCCUCAAGCUGUGUCCCAACAUCAAGAAGAAGGUUGACGUGGUGAUCUGCCUCAGCACCACGGUGAGGAACGACACGCUGCAGGACGCCAAGGAGCAACGAGUCUCCGUCAAGUGUAGGAAACAGCUGAGAGUGGAGGAGGUGGAGAUGUCUGAGGACAUUCGUUUGGAGCCGGAGCUUUACGACUCCUGUAAACAAGACAUCAACAAACUGUGUCAGAACGUCGCCUUCGGUAACGCACAGGUCAUCGAGUGUCUGAAGGAGAACAAGCGUCACCUGACUCAGCGCUGUCACCAGAGGAUCUUUAAGCUACAGGAAGUGGAGAUGGUCGAUCCUGAACUGGAUUACCAGCUGAUGAGAGUCUGCAAGCACAUGAUCAGGCGGUUCUGUACGGAGUCGGAGGGGAAGAACGUCCUUCAGUGUCUGAAACAGAACAAGAACAGCGAGCUGAUGGAUCCUAAAUGUAAACAGAUGAUCACUAAGAGACAAAUCACCCAGAACACAGACUUCAGGUUGAACCCGGUCCUGAGGAAAGCUUGUAAAGCCGACAUCCCAAAGUUCUGUCAGUCCAUCCUGAACAAAGCGACGGCCGACAGCGAGCUGGAGGGUCAGGUCAUCUCCUGCCUCAAGCUCAAAUACGCAGACCAGCGUUUGUCUUCAGACUGUGAGGAUCAGAUCAGAGUCAUCCUGCAGGAAUCAGCGCUGGACUACAGACUAGACCCUCAGCUGCAGCUCCACUGCACUCAGGAGAUUGCUCAGCUGUGUCCGGAGGAGGCGGCGGCUCAGGAGCAGACGGGGCAGGUGGAGGAGUGUCUGAAAGUCAACCUGCUGAAGAUCAAACAGGAAGGAUGUAAAAAGGAGGUGUUGAACAUGCUGAAGGAGAGUAAAGCAGACAUCUUCGUCGACCCCGUCCUCCACACAGCUUGCGCUCUGGACAUCAAACAUCACUGUGCUGCCAUCCCACCCGGCAAAGGCCGCCAGAUGUCGUGUCUGAUGGAGGCGCUGCAGGACAAACGUGUUCGUCUGCAGCCGGAGUGUAAAAAGAGACUUCAGGAUCGCAUCGACAUGUGGAGCUACGCUGCCAAGGUUGCGCCGGCCGAAGGUUUCUCGGACCUCGCCAUGCAGGUGAUGACGUCGCCGUCUAAGAACUACAUCCUGACGGUGAUCGGUGCCGGCGUGGCGCUGCUCUUCAUGGUCGGUUUGCUCUGCGGACGCUUCACCAAACGAGUCACUCAGGAGCUGAAGGACAGGUAGA